GGCAUUUGUUGCAUUCGGGACCUUCUAUGGCACCCGGGUAGGGGGAAUCAGUCGUCUCCGGGACUUUAGCCUAGCCUUAAAAGUUCGGAACUUUAGUUGAUUGAAAAUGUCCUCAGCUCAAGGAGAUAAAAUAAUCAAUUUUUACAAAACUUUAGCUAGUAUUCCCACAUUAAAUUCAGCAAAACUGUUGUGGUUUAAAAAUUCACAAUUCUUUGUCCAAAGUAGUUGGACACAACGAAAUUUAGAAAGAUCAAUUAAUCAAAAGUUUAUCAUAGAUUACGUUUUAUCAAAUGACUUACAAGUUAUUGCAGAAAAUUUUCCAGUGGAUAUUACAUCCGAAUCAUUGUCUAAAAUUUCAACAAAAAACGAAUAUAAAGCUAUUUUGAGAUCUGUUCAAGGCAAAGACUCCAGUAAUAAACAAUGUAUUGAAAUUUGGAGUAAAAAUUGUUUAAUUAAAAAUUAUGAUUUAUCAGCACUUGAUGUCCAUGGAGAUGUUUAUUUUGAUGGUGAAUUCGGUUCAUUCUCAUGGUCAUCUGAAUCUACAAAGCUUUUAUAUAUUGCUGAAAAAAAAUUAGAAAAAUCAGAACCUUUCUACAAACAAAAGUCAUUAGAUAAGAAGAAUGAUGAUAAAAAUGUUAAAGGAAAUGAAUAUAUAUUUAAACCUGAUUGGGGAGAACAAAUGGUUGGUAAACAUCGUCCAACAAUCUGUGUUUUAGAUAUAAAUUCAAAUAUAAUUUCUGCCUUGCCUGAAAUGUCCAAUGAUCUUUCGCCUGGUCAAGUUAUUUGGACUCCUAAUAAUGAUGGAAUUGUUGGAGUUGCAUGGAAACAUGAGCCUCGAUAUUUAGGACUUAUUUACUGUACUAAUCGAGAAUCUUGGAUAUUUUUGUUGAAAAAUGAAAAUAUGCAAAAGCUUUCAAGUGAUGGUUGUUGUGUUCGAUCUCCACGAUUUAGUCCUGAUGGAAAGCAUUUAGUAUGGCUAGAACGAGAUUUGAGUGGUCCUCAUCAUAAUUGUCAUCGACUAAUGCACUUGAACUGGGAAAAUCGAACUGAAAAAGUAGAUAUUUUGAUUGACAUAGUCCGUCAAAAUAAAGCUAUUAAAAACGAUAAAUUAUUUUAUGGAUUAUAUAAUCAUGAUCUUCCACGACGAUGCUGGAGUACAGAUUCAAGAUUUUUAUUCUUCAGUACUCAACAACAUUCAAAUAUUCGAUCAUAUAUUUUUGAUUUAAAAACAAAAGCAUUAUUAGAAAUUGCUAACGAUUCUAGUAGUCUCAAUAUUUUAGAUGUUCAAAAUGAUAUUAUAUUAUUUACAAAAACAUCAUUACUUCAACCACCUAAUUUAUGUGUAGGCCGUUUUAAUGGUAAUAUACCAGACUACAUUAUUCUAAAUACCAUUUCAUCAACAAAUCAAGCAAUUGAUUUAAAUGAAAAUUAUAUGUAUGAAGUGAAUGAAUACUCGUAUUGCAAUGAUGAAAAAAUCAGAAACUUUAAUUAUAUCUACUAUGGACCAAAGCAUGGUGACGAUAAAACUUGUCCAUUAAUUGUUACUCCACAUGGAGGACCUCAUUCAUCAUAUGUAAACACAUUUUCUCUGGAAUCAGCAUUGUUAGUUUUACUAGGAUUCAGUAUAGUACAAGUGAAUUAUCGGGGUUCAACAGGAAUGGGUUCGGACAACCUAGAAUAUCUUCAAGGACGGGUUGGAAAUAUUGAUGUCAUUGAUUGUGUUACUGCCACUCAUGAAGCACUUAAAAAAUAUCAUUGGUUAGAUCCUAAAAAAAUAGGAUUGAGUGGUGGCUCUCAUGGGGGUUUUUUAGUAGCUCAUUUGAGUGCACAGUACAAUAAAAUAUAUAGGGUUGUUGUUUCGAGAAAUCCGGUAAUUGACAUAGCUGUGAUGUUCACUAUAUCAGAUAUUCCUGAUUGUCGCAAUGCUCUGUUUAGUGAUGAAAAAAUGGCCCUUGGCCAUGAUAUGUGUGCAGCCGCGAUAAAUACACCAUACUACGAAAAAUUUGACAGUGGAACACAAUCUAAUAAUGAAGAAAUUUUAUUGAAAAUGUUUAAAUGUUCACCUAUCGUUCAUGUAAAUAAUGUAAUAGCACCAACUCUGCUUUGUAUAGGAAAAAAUGAUCUUCGUGUCCCUCCUUCUCAGGGAAAACAAUGGUAUCAUCGAUUAAAAGCAAACGGAGUUUUAACAAAAAUGCUUAUUUAUGAUGAUUGCCAUCCAUUAAAUAAUGUUCCAGUGGAAAUGGAUGCAAUAAUUAAUGCUGCAUUGUGGUUUUGUGAGCACUUCAAAAUUAAUAAUUAAUAAAUACUUUUCAUCAAAUGGUGCGGGUGUUAUAACAAAAUUAUAAAAAAUUGAUACAAAAAUUUAUUAUUAUUGAAAUAAUUUAUACAAUAUGAAUGAUAAAAUCAUUUUUCAAAUUUAUAUACUAAUAAAGUAGAUUACAAAAAUAGUUUUUUUAGAAAAAAAUGUACUACAACAUUAUUUAUAUAAAAAUCUACUUAAAAUGGAUAAACUUGCUCACUAUUAUCGGAAUGUGAAAAUACAGUUCGCAUUUAAUUCAUUGAGUAUGAAAACAACACAAUUAGAGAAUAGUCAUAAUAUAAUGAAAUUAACAUUUUACAAAA